UUGAUAAGCAUAAUUUGAUAGAAGAUCUAUGAACAAGUCCCCGCCAAAACCCCAAAAGGGUCAACAGUUCACCGUGGUUCAGAUCAAAACCCUGUCCUCUGAGUCCUCUCCGUAUUCAGUAUCUUCAUUCUGGCUCCAGACCAAUCAAAUGAAGCGAACUUAUCGAUUCAAACGGGUCACAAAACCCAAAAAAUCGAUUCAACCAGACGAUUCCAUCCACACCUCUGAAAAAUCAAUAACCAUUGGGGCCAGACCCAAAUCUCAAUCUCAACCCCAACCCGGAAUUCUUUCUAUUUCAAAUCCAACCCUAUCUUUUAAUGAAUUGAAAAUACUGCCCCCUGAUUUCUUCCAAAUCGACGCUCUAGACCUCGCCCCACGUCUGCUUGGCAAGUUACUCAGGAGAGACGAUGUCAUUCUCCGGAUCACUGAGGUAGAAGCAUAUAGGCCAAAUGAUUCUGCUUGUCAUGGACGGUUUGGCCGUACACCAAGAACAGCUCCAGUUUUUGGACCAGGAGGUCAUGCCUAUGUUUAUUUGUGCUAUGGUUUGCAUACCAUGCUCAAUGUCGUUGCAGACAAGGAAGAAGUUGGAGCAGCAGUGUUAGUUCGGUCUUGUGAACCAGUCUGUGGCUUGGAAACCAUUCAGCAACGCCGAGGUCAAAUAACUGAGAAGCCUGUUCUUCUUACUGGGCCCGGAAAGGUAUGUCAAGCUUUAGGAAUUUCUACAGAAUGGUCUAACCAUCGCCUCUACACUCCCGGCGGUCUCGAACUCUUGGAUGGACCAGAACCAGAAAAGAUACUCGUGGGUCCACGGGUGGGCAUCCAAUAUGCCCUGCCUGACGAUGUCAAUGCCCCCUGGAGAUUCGCCAUUGCUGGUUCUCCUUGGAUAAGUGCUCCUAAAAAGACUCUCACAUUACCCUCUAGUGAAAUUUGAAGCAACAUGAUGGUUUUGUCUUUUCAAAAUGUAAAUACAUGAAAUAUUUAAAGAAAAAGAUGCCUCUCAAGUUGAAAUAGCAAUGUAAUGUUUUUUGGGAUUUUGUAUCUUGUUGGAAGGAAUGUGAACCCUAUUCAGUUGUUUUUGAAGAAGCA